AUGAGUCGAUGCGUGGCUCGCAAAGCUACGAGGAAAGCUGCCUCCGUCCGCUUCUACAGCAUUGUGCACGAUGUUCCUCGAGUCGCUGCCAGCCUCAAUCAAAGUGUUCCCCCACCACAGCCUCGAGGGCAGUCGGUGUUCGAGCAAGCUGUCAAUGCCACCGGGCCGCGUACCAACUGGACCAAAGAAGAAAUUUCUCAGAUUCACCAGAUUCCUCUGAUGGAACUGGCCUUCGCUGCAGGCACUGUCCACCGUCGAUUCCACAAACCCUCGGCCGUCCAACUAUGUACCCUCAUGAAUAUAAAGACUGGUGGAUGCACGGAAGACUGCUCAUACUGCGCCCAGUCAUCCCGCUACAAGACAAACCUCCAAGCUACCAAACUCUCCACGGUGGAUUCCGUCAUUGAGGCCGCAAAAAUUGCCAAGGCGAAUGGUUCCAACAGAUUCUGUAUGGGUGCAGCCUGGCGCGACAUGCGUGGCCGGACGCGGGGAUUGAAGAAUAUCGUGGAAAUGGUCAAAGGUGUCCGAGCAUUGGGUAUGGAGGCCUGCGUCACCCUGGGCAUGCUUGACAAGCAACAAGCUCGGGAAUUGAAAGAGGCCGGCUUGACGGCAUACAACCAUAACCUGGACACCUCGCGAGAACAUUAUCCCAACGUCAUCACCACACGGUCCUACGACGAACGGUUACAAACACUUGAGAAUGUGCGGGAAGCGGGCAUCCACGUCUGCAGUGGUGGCAUCCUCGGUCUCGGAGAGACGCCUGCAACUGACCAUGUUGGCUUGAUCUACACUCUCGCCACUCUGCCAGAACACCCUGAGUCUUUCCCUGUGAACAAACUUGUCCCCAUCAAAGGAACGCCCAUGUUCGGCCAAGAACCAGUCAAGUUGGAAGACAUGGUCCGUUGCAUUGCCACUGCGCGGCUGGUUAUGCCGAGAACCAUUAUUCGUAUUGCAGCCGGAAGGGUCAGCAUGCCUGAGAGCGAGCAGAUGUUGUGUUUCAUGGCUGGUGCGAACGCGAUCUUUACGGGCGAGAAGAUGUUGACAACAGAUUGCAACGGAUGGGAGCAGGACAAGGAUAUGUUUGACCGGUGGGGAUUGUCGCCAAUGCAGACUGAGGCAAGCAAAUUGGUCGAGGUUGCAGAGGAGCCCAAGUUUGAGGCAAGCAGUUUCGUGCAUUUAAAGGGCGGAAGCACGCCGGCCGAAAGGGGAGCUGAGGCAUGA